AUGGCCAACCUCAAUCAAUCUACCCCGUUAUCCAACCUUAUUAAUCAACUCGCUCCAUUAAUUCAACAACUACAAACCACACUCACUCAAAGUCAAGCAAUAUCACACCAACCUCUAACGCAAAACACCCCAUAUCGAACCCCCAAGAUACUGGGAAAACCCCUGUCCAACUCCUAUUGUCCGUCCUCAGCAUCUACAGCAACGACAUUCUCAAGUUUUUCGGCAUCAAGCCUACUAACCGCAACCAACGCUCUUGAAUCGUAUGACGUUCCCGAAGACGACCCAGAAGUAGAUUUGGAGGACUUAAUUGACGGCUAUCUUGAAGUAUUGGAUACCUGGUUACCCGAACCUAAAAAUACCUGCCCGUCCAAAAUUAAAAAAAAAGAAAAAGGAAUUGGUGUUAAGAAAGCUGAAGAAGAAGAAAUGGAUGAUAGUGGAAAAGACGAUGAUAGGGAGACGAUUUUUGAUGAAAUGAAUAAAAGAAUAAAAUAUAAAAUGGAGGAACCUGUUAGUGAUAAGGAAAUACUAAAUAUCAACAAUGACAGAAACAGAGAUAAGGAAAUAAUUAAAAAAAGUGAAAU